AUGUUGGCCAGGAAAGGCCUGGUGCCCGAGGAGUAUGUGCUGCGGCUGGUGGAGGACGUGUCGCGGCCCCGGUACCGGGCCAGGGAGCGCAAGGUUCGCUUCGUGGCCAAGAACGGCGCCUGCAAUGUGGCUCACACCAACAUCCGAGAGCAGGGCCGCUUCCUGCAGGACGUCUUCACCACCCUGGUGGAUCUGAAGUGGCGGCACACCCUGCUCAUCUUCACCAUGAGCUUCCUGUGCAGCUGGCUGCUCUUCGCCAUGAUCUGGUGGCUCAUCGCCUUCGCCCACGGGGACCUGCACCGAGCCGGCGCCGGCCCGGGCCCCGUGCCGUGCGUGACCAGCCUGCACUCCUUCACCUCGGCCUUCCUCUUCUCCAUCGAGGUGCAGGUCACCAUCGGCUUCGGGGGCCGCAUGAUCACCGAGGAGUGCCCGGCCGCCAUCACCGUGCUCCUCGCCCAGAACAUCGUGGGGCUGGUCAUCAACGCCAUCAUGCUGGGCUGCAUCUUCAUGAAGACGUCGCAGGCCCACCGCCGGGCCGAGACCCUGAUCUUCAGCAAACACGCGGUCAUCGCGCCCCGCAAUGGCCGCCUCUGCUUCAUGUGCCGGGUGGGCGACCUCCGCAAGAGCAUGAUCAUCAGCGCCAGCAUCCGCCUGCAGCUGGUCAGGAAGUCGGCCACCGCCGAGGGCGAGGUGCUGCCCCUCGACCAGAUCGACGUGGAGAUGGACAACCCGGUGGCGGGGGGCAGCAUCUUCCUGGUGGCGCCGCUCAUCAUCGCCCAUGUCAUCGGGCCGGGCAGCCCGCUCCACCCGCUCUCGGCCGCCGACCUCCACCGCGGCGACUUCGAGGUGAUCGUCAUCCUGGAGGGGGUGGUGGAGACCACGGGCAUCACCACCCAGGCCCGCACCUCCUACCUGGCCGAGGAGAUCCUGUGGGGGCGCCGCUUCGUGCCCGUGGUCAGCCAGGAGGACGGGCGCUAUUCGGUCGACUAUUCCAAGUUCGGCAACACCGUCAAGGUGCCCAUGCCCGAGGCCGAGGCGGAGCUCGAGCCGCUGGGACACGGCGCCCACGCCGCCACCUUCGACAUCUUCCCCCCCGGCAACUCAGUGAGGAGAAGGGCCUCAGGCCGGCAGUCUGAUCAAACUGACCCCGGGGAGGAGGAGGAGGUGGAGGUGGAGGGCAGGAGGACGCCAUAA